AUGGAUCUAAUAAUAAUAUUGGAAUACUUCUAUUGUUUUUUGGCAAGCAUUAGAGAAACUUCAAAACUCCCUAAUGGUCUCAUCUCUUUGCAAAAGCAACUUCUUUCUACCCUUCUUAAGAAUGAAAAAGUUAAAAUAUCAAGUGUUGAUGAAGGAAUCAUCAAGAUAAGAAAUGCGUUGUGUUUCAGAAAAAUUCUGCAUGUUCUUGAUGAUGUUGAUGAGCCUGAUUUAGUUGAAGCAAUAGUUGACAUGAAAGAUUGGUUUGGCUAUGGAAGUAAAAUAAUUGUGACAACUAGGCACAAGAGUUUAUUAAGACCUCAAUUAGGCCAUGAGGUACAUGAAGUUGAAAUUUUGUACACAAUUGAAGCAACUGAGCUCUUCAAUUGGCAUGCAUUUGGUGAAAACAAUCCAAUAAGUGAAGAUUAUAAUUACAGAGAGUGCUCAGAGGAACUGAUUGAAUGGUGUAGAGGACUUCCAUUAGCUCUUCAAGUUAUCGGUUCGUCGUUGGCCGGAAAAUCUAAGGAAGUGUGGAGAAGUGCUAUAGAAAAGUUGAGAGAUAUUCCCACAAAUAAAAUUGUUGACAAAUUGAGAUUAAGUUAUGAAUUAUUGGAAGAUGAUCAUGAUCAGAACUUGUUCCUUCACCUUUGUUGUUUCUUUGUGUGGAUAAAGAAAGAUUUUGUGUUUGGAUAUUAG